AUGAAUGAAUUUUUGAAGGUCGAGCAACAAAAUGCAUUACCAAAAGCGGCAAAAUUCACUGAUGCGAUAUUGUCGAAUAUGAAAGAACCGAUACGAAUUCACACAUUGAUACGCUUUAAUCAAACACAUAACGGUGAAAUGCAUUUGGAACACAAAAUUGAACUCGUUGGAAAUGACAAAAAAACUCGAAGACGUGAACUUACUCUGCUACAGCCGAAAAGGAUGCAUUUUGAGCCCAUUAAAAGCGAUAAGAAAUAUCACCAACCAAAAAAUGAGUUGACUUUAUAUGUAUGCGAUGGAUAUUUACUUCUGAUUAGAGCGAUGAAAUUUACACCGGUGGAUAGAAACAUCUCUGUGGGCAUUAUACAUGAUGAAACCCGAAUUUAUGGUGGUGAUAGUAUCAAUACCAGCGGUGUAUCGAAAGCCAUCACCAAUAUGAAGAAGACUGAUAAAACAAAUGUGAUCCAGAAUUUUUGUGAAUCAGCUUAUGCAAAAUGCUGUAAUAAGAUAUUGCUUACAAAGAACGGGAAUUAUAAAAUGAUUGAUUCGAUCGAAUUAAGAUGCAAAGAAAGUAACAAAGAACCAAAUAAAAAAUUAAUUCCAAUAUCUGAUGGAUAUCGCUAUAACAAAAGUGUAAAAUCAACUGAACCUAAAAUUUGCGACUUCAAUCAAUUGGUUGGUUAUGAUAAAAAAUUGUUAACCAUCGAAACUGUUUUGGAAUUAUCAGCAGUAGCGAAAUUAAAGUGGUAUAAAGCGUGUGAUUAUACCACUGAUAUUUGUGGGAGUUAUCCCGGAUCUCUACUAUCCAGUUAUGACCUAUCAUCACGAGAGCUACCAGAACAAGCAAAGAUUGCAACAACACAAGAAGUAAAUCUAAAAAGCACCAAGCGAAACGAUGACUCCCCUCCAAAAUCCGGAUUAAGUGAUACGUCAGCUGGUGGUGGUAGCGAAUCAGAAAAUGAUCAUUCACCAGAUUCAUCUGCUGAAUAUGACUCCAGUAGCAUCCAUGAAAAUUCUCCAUCCACUGCUGUUCAUAAAGCUUCUUCGUUAAACACUGCUCUAUUACCUGAACAAGAUUUGCUACAUGGAUAUCCGGAUGACAUCUGUUGUCCAAAAUCAGGAAGCAUCUGGAGGAAGCCAUCUGGAGUUUUGCUACAACCGAACCUGCCAGAAAUCAUGCGAGUAAAAAAACCAAAAUCAGAAACCCAUGAACUGGCAUCAUUUGAUUCUCCAAAGCGUACUUUUUAUGUAACAGAUGAUACUACACAAUUAAAUUUUAAUACAGAGAUGAUUUCACCGACAGUGGUAAAUGCUGAAUCUGAGAGUGAUACAAAUAAAAUAACCAUUUUUUUAUCCGACAGUCAUGGAUUAAAUGUAGCAAUAACGGCUGAUGUUGGUAUAAAGCUUGUCAAUGAAGACGGCUCAAAAAGAAGAAUGAAAUGUAUUAAAAAUCAAAAAAUUUGUAUUGAUGGUCGAGUUAUUUAUGAAGAUUGA